CAUUCAAAAUAGAUAUAAAAUUUUCAACUUGAAAUCCCUGGUAACAUAGCAAAAUCAAUAGGAGAAUUUUUCGAGCUAGUCUGUGGACAAGAGAAAGGCGAAAUUAGCCCAGUUAAUUCAACAGCUUUUUGCAAAGUUAAUUUCUUUCAAACAUUUGAAAUUUGUGUUUUUUCGCACCUAUUCCUUCCGAGAAGAAAUAGCGGUCCGAGUUGUCUAAAUAUCGUAAUAUUGUGCAUUUAACAGAACCGUCGUCUGUGGUGGUGGUGUGCCAACGAAUAAACGUGUUGAAAUUACGCGAGGAGAAAUGGUUAAAACUAAAAAGGGCAAGAAAGAGAUAGUUCCAGCAAAUACCGGAGUUUCAUCUGGUGAAGAGAUGGAAAAUGAACCCCAGGAAACAGUCACUGACUCCGGUGCUGAAGAAGCGGAAAAUGUAAAAGCUAAAAAUAAAAAGAACAAACAACAAAAGAAAAGUAAGAAACGUAAUGAUUCCAUUGCGGAAGAUAAUGAAGACGUGGGAGGCAUAACUGGCGACGUUAAGAAGCUCAACUUGAAAUCCAAAGGAAACAAAAACAACCCGGUCCAGCAGGAUAAUAUGGACAGCCAGUCUAUAAAUGAAGACGAAUCAAACGUAGAGACUGAUUCUCAGAUGAGGAACAAAAAGAAAGACAAAAUAUUUAAGAAAUCUGCGUUUGGAUUGCUUAUGGAUAUGGACAGUGAAGAAGAUGACGUUGCCCAGGAAACUGCCAAUAAGCUUGAAAAUGAACCCGAUGGGGAGGGGCUAAAUGAAAAAUCUAAAAAAAGUAGUGAAAAAGGAAUAGCUAAGAAAAGCAAAAAAGCAAUGGGAAAAACCGAUGAUUUGAAGACACUCAAUCAAAAUGUACUUCAAAAUGCAACGGCGAAGAAUUUAAAAGGAGGGCCGGUCGUUCCCACCACAACGUCUGCUACAAAUGAACUCGAAAGUGAACCCGACGAUGAGGGACAAAAUGAAAAACCUAAAAAAGCCAUCGAGAAAGGAAUGGCUAAGAAAACGAAAAAAGGUAAGCGGAAGGGAAAAGGCGAGGAAGACGAUGAAGACUUAGAUAAAGUUCUGGCAGAACUUAAGGCGGAAUGCAAUGAAGAAGCGGCAGUCGCCCUCACAACAGCAUCCGUCGUUUCUCCUGAAGACUGGAUAGAAAAUGAAUUUGGCGUAGAAAAGCAGAAAAAAGGUAAAAAACAAAUUAAGGAAAAAGAAGUGGAAGUAAUGAACAAAGAUGUUGCCAAUGCUGAUGUAGAUGAAAUUGAGAUUACUACUGUUAAGACUGCCGCCGAGAAAAAGAAAGAAAAGAAGGAACGUCAGAAACGAGAAGCGGCUUUAGCCAAACAAAAAGCUGUCCAAGAAACUCAAUCAAAACAGGAAGAAACUGAGGCCUUUGUUCCCUUAAUACCAGAGGACACAGUCAUAUGUCAACCUAAAGAAGCUUAUGUAGAUCCCGGCAACGGUGGAGGCUUGGAAGAUGAGGGCACAAAAAGUACUGGAAAAAAUAAGAAAAAGACUAAGAAAGAUAAAAAAGCAGAAGCCGAAGAAGAGAAUAAAAAAGAUAUGAAGAAAAAGGGCAUGUCAUCGGCAAUGGUAGCUGCAAUGCAAGAACGAUUGAAAAAAAUCAAAGAGGAAGAGGAACGCCAGCGAAAAGUUGAGGAAGAACGUGUUCGGCAAGAAGAAGAACGCGAAAGAUUGCGACUAGAAGCAGUUCGCUUAGAAGCGGAAAGGAAAGAGAAGAAAAAACAGAAGGAAGCUGAACGUAAGGCUCGUUUAAAAGCAGAAGGUAAACUACUUACUAAACGGCAAAAGGAGGAUCGUGCCAGAGCACAAGCCAUGUUAGAAGCCCUGAAGGCCCAAGGCGUUGAAAUACCGGAUCCCACAGAGAAGCGACCCACUCGACCAGGGACCCGAAUCCGUCCUAAAAAGAAGGGCUCACAAGCCAGUCAAGAGCAAAGUGGAGAUGCCAAUUCCGAAACAGCUUCGGCGGCCGCAGCAGCCAGUGCUCAGCAAACUAGUGAGAGAGAGGAUACUGUUAAAGAAUCAUGGGAUGCAACUGACACCGAAGAUGAAGCUAAUGAUACAUCCCAAACUACUUCAACCAACAACGAAGAUAGAUACUCAAAUGGCGCUAUUGCAACAGGUAUUACAAUAUCAAAUACUGGUAGCAAUAACGAAGAUUCGGAGGAAGAUGACAGCGAUUCCGAAAAUGGACUCAAGUCUGAAUCGGAACCAGAAUUGGAAUCUGAAGUUGAAGAAAGGGUUGAUGCAAUUAAUGCCAACGAUCCGGAGGAAAGACGUUUGCGAGCUGAACGUCGUAUAAUAAAACGUCAAGAAGAUGCUGAAAAGAAUCGCACAACCGAAGAUCUUCGGGCAGCCGUUGUCUGUGUGCUUGGUCAUGUAGAUACCGGCAAAACUAAAAUUUUAGAUAAAUUACGUCGCACGCAUGUUCAAGAUUCAGAGGCCGGAGGCAUUACUCAACAAAUUGGUGCAACCAAUGUUCCCAUUGAUGCUAUUAAAGAGCAAGCAAAAAUUGUACGUGGUUCCACUGAUUUUGAUUUUAAGCUGCCUGGUCUUCUAAUCAUUGAUACACCUGGUCAUGAAUCGUUUAGCAACUUACGCAAUCGCGGUUCGUCUCUCUGCGAUAUUGCCAUUUUGGUGGUUGAUAUAAUGCACGGUCUAGAACCGCAAACCAUUGAAUCAAUUAAUUUAUUAAAGCAAAAGAAAUGCCCAUUUAUUGUAGCGCUAAAUAAAAUCGAUCGUCUCUAUGAUUGGAAAGUAUUGGCGCGACGUGAUAUACGGGAUGCACUGAAGGAGCAAGAGCCUAAUACCCAAGUAGAAUUUAAUCAGCGUGCCAAGAACGUUAUUCUACAAUUUGCCGAACAAGGAUUGAAUGCAGCUCUUUUUUAUGAAAACAACGAUCCUAAAUCUUACAUUUCAUUGGUGCCUACAAGUGCCAUUACUGGCGAAGGUAUGGGCAAUCUAUUGUUCCUUAUUAUCGAAUUCUGUCAAAAGAUGUUGGCCAAAAGGUUGAUGUACUCGGAGGAGCUGCAGGCGACAGUUUUAGAAGUGAAAGCCAUACCGGGUCUCGGUACCACAAUCGAUACCAUUCUGAUCAACGGCAAGCUACGUGAAGGUCAAACUAUGGUAGUAGCCGGUACUGACGGCCCGAUUGUGACUCAGAUACGUUCACUUUUAAUGCCACAACCGUUAAGAGAGUUACGUGUCAAAAAUGCUUACGUUGAGCAUAAAGAGAUUAAGGCAGCUCAGGGUGUUAAAAUCGCAGCAAAGGAUCUUGACAAGGCCAUUGCUGGUAUUAAUUUAUUGGUCGCACAUAAGCCUGACGAAAUUGAAAUAUGCAAGGAAGAGGUCGCACGUGAGCUUAAAAGCGCUUUAAGUCACAUUAAGUUGGCACAAAUUGGAGUUUAUGUACAAGCUUCGACAUUGGGAUCAUUGGAGGCUCUGUUAGAAUUUCUUCGUGGUUCUAAAAUACCGUAUUCGUCUAUACGUAUUGGUCCCGUUGUUAAGCGUGAUGUAAUGAAGGCGUCGACAAUGUUAGAGCAUGAGCCACAAUUCGCAACUAUUUUGGCAUUUGACGUUAAGGUUGAGAGGGAAGCGCAAGAAAUGGCCGAUUCGUUGGGGGUGAAGAUUUUUCAAGCCGAUAUCAUUUAUCAUCUCUUUGAUAAAUUUAUGGCGUAUCGUGAAGAACUUAAACUAAAGAAACGUGAAGAAUUUCGUUCCAUUGCGGUGUUCCCCUGUAAGCUCACGGUACUGCCACUGUACAUAUUCAACUCUCGCGAUCCAAUUGUAAUGGGCGUUAUGGUUGAGAACGGCAUUGUUAAAGUUGGUACACCCUUAUGCGUUCCCACCAAAGAUUUUAUUGACAUCGGCGUCGUUACAUCGAUUGAAAUGAAUCAUAAACAAAUUGAGAGUGCACGCAAGGGCCAAGCAAUUUGUAUUAAAAUUGAACCAAUUUCGGGCGAAUCGCCAAAAAUGUAUGGCCGUCAUUUUGAUGCCACCGACGAGCUUGUAAGCAAGAUAUCCCGCCAAAGUAUUGACGCUUGUAAAGACUAUUUCCGUGAUGACUUGAUUAGAGCUGACUGGGCUUUAAUGGUUGAGCUAAAAAAACUUUUCCAAAUCCUAUAAAUUGCUUUGUAACAGAACGACAGAGAACGAAACACACAAGAUAAAAAAGAAGAAAAAUGAUAUUUGUUUGGAAAAAUAAUAAAU